AUGUUACGCCGACCGAUCCAAUGGACACGAUCUGGCCCAUCCCGAGUGGUUCUACGCUGGAAUUCAGAUACUUAUCUGCCCCGUAAGCAGAUCAUUGCGGAAAAUCCUCCUCAAUACUAUCCUUCAAUCUCCGAGGUGCGCCAGAAAUACACCCAAAAAGCACCAGUCGCAUCUCGAGUUCCUCAAUUUUGCGCCCAGUUUCGUGGCUACGAUUUCUCCAAACACCCUCAAAAGCGUAUAGAUGCUUGCCACAAGAUAGAAGGUCGUAUAUCGCUGGUGCGUCGGUCGGGACGAGGGAUCUACUUUUUGGAUCUUGUACAAGACGAUGAGAAAGUGCAGCUAAUGGCCCACCACAAACUCAUGGAAUUGUCCGUGGACGAUUUCGACCAACACCAUAGCUUUCUUCGCAGUGGCGACUAUGUGGUGGCUGUUGGUUUUCCCUCGACAACUAAUGUAGGCGAGUUGACGUUGAAGCUUAACUGCCCCAUUGAGCUUGUUUCUCCAUGUUUAAAUCUGACCACCAUACCCGAAAAACUAAGCGACAGAAGCCUUAUAAACAAGAACAGGGUCUUGGACUACAUUGUUUCGCCUGAGCUGCGGGAACACAUGGUGAUUCGUUCGCUUGUGAUUCAGGCUAUUCGUAGCUUUUUCCUUCAGCGACAAUUUUUGGAAGUGCAAACUCCGCUUUUGGCUGGAAACGGUACGGGUGCAAACGCCCAACCAUUCAAAACUGCACUGAGAGCCCUUGGGCUGCUGGAAGAGGAGUCUCUUUCACUUCGGGUUGCUCCGGAGCUUUGGUUGAAAAGGCUCGUUAUUUCGGGCUUUGAUAAGGUGUUUGAAAUUGGACCAUCUUUUCGUAACGAGGGAGUUGAUGCGACACACAAUCCUGAAUUUUACACCUGUGAAUUCUACCAGCUGUUCUUGUCCCUCGAGGAACUCAUGGAAAUCACUCAAGAUUUGUUUGCCCACAUACACAGCUCGUUGAGCACACAUCGGACCAAAUUAAAACUUUUGGACCAGCAUCUUACGUCAUUAGAGCCAUUGGCAUCGAGGAACUUCCGUCGCUAUGAAUUCAUACCCACGAUACAAGAAAUUACCGGUCAUCCUUUCCCCAAGAAAAUGGACUCAAACGCACUUGUUGAAUACUUUCACAAAAUAGGCGCUGCGUUACCUUCCAACAAAUCACCCGCCAGUCUUCUCGACGAGCUUUCUUCCCUUUACCUCGAACCACUCUCGCUAGCUUCAAAGGAGCCGGUAAUCUUCUACAAUCAGCCAGCAGCGUUGUCACCUCUAGCCAAGUCCACCACCAGAACCUACAGUAAUCAUCCACAUGAGAUCUCAAGUAGAUUUGAGCUCUUUAUAGACGGAAAAGAGUACGUGAACUCUUACGAAGAGGAGAAUUCGCCUUUUGCCCAAGUUUCCAAGUUCAAAAUUCAACAGGCUGCAAAACUGGACCACCAUGAUCCCGAGGCUCUUGUCCCAGAUUGGCAGUAUGCGCGAGUGAUGGAAUACGGACUUCCUCCUACUGGAGGAUGGGGAUGUGGAAUCGAUCGUCUCGUAAUGCUUUUCUCUGGAGCGUCCAGAAUCUCACAAGUUCUUCCAUUCGGAACCAUCAGAGACGUAGUUAGACAAUAA